GAGUUAAAUGAGACUGAGUGGAAGGAUUGGGUAUCUGGAACGCGACUGAAGAAAUUUGUGGCGAGAGAAGAGGUAAGAGAGAUGACCUGGCCGCCUUUAGAAUAGAAGUAACAGGGUGUGUAGAUUAGGAAGGAUGCAUGCUGAAUGAGUGUGGUCUAGUCUGAGCUUGCUCUGAUUAUCACCUGCUUGCUUACCCCAAUGUAUGCCUGUUGUCUCAUUCGCCUGUUGUGCAGGUCUGACUUUACGAAGAAAGCCAUGCCAAGAGGAGGGAAGAGGACACGGCCGCCUCAGAGGCCGUUGGGCGCAUCAGGAGGAUAUGAGCGGCAUGGGCCUCGCCAUCGAGAGAGUACUCCAGUCUACAAUGAUGGGGACAUCGAGCUAUUCCUGGACAGUUUCUGGGAGCAUGCGAGGCGUAUGGGUUGGACCGUUGCUCAGGCGAUUGAGAGAUUGAGGGGAGCAGAUAUUUCUCGGUGGAGGGCGUCGCUUCAGGGUGAGGGGCAUGGAGAGCAGGCAGAGGAGGUGUCACGAGAGGAGGUGCCACGAGAGGAGGUGCCACAGGGGGAGAUACCACGAGAGGAGAUGCCACGGGAGGAGGUACCACAGGAAGAGGUCCGGGGUACUCAGCGAGAGAGAGGGCUGGGCGAUGAGGGGAGACGUGCAGGGAAGGAAGUGAUAGAGGUUGGAGAGGACACGCUCCUACAGACGCCAGCAGUGGGUUUGAGACUCGGGGAUGCACCAGGGAGCACCCGGCAGGCAAAGGAGGGGUUGCAGAGAGAGGAGAUCCCUUUACCUUCGUCAGAAAAGGCUCCUUCGCCAGAAGGGAGGGCAGAAAGGAGGAGAGAGAGGGCAGCUGUAAGGAGAGAAGCUUUGAUCCUGAUUGAUAGGCACCUAGCAGCUCAUGCCCUGGAGCACCCAGACCUGGAGGAGCCAGCACCUGCAGAGUCACGCCAGGAGUCAUGCCAUCCCGAGAAGGAGAUGGAAGCAGAGAUCCCAAAUAGGGUCGACCUCCGCACGAGGGAAAGGGUGCCAGCUGGAGAGACGGCUGAAGAAAAGAAGGCGAGACGAACCAAGCGGAUAGAUGAGAUAUGGCAGGAGAGGCAGAGGUUGGAGGCAGCGGGGGAGCUCCCGGAGCAGCAGCAGGAGAGGCAGAGAUAGGAGGCAGCAGGAGCACUCCCGGGUCAGCCACCCAGCGCGCCAGCCAAGGCCCCGGAG